AUGGCCAACAACCACCAUAUACCGAUCACUAUCUUCACUGGAUUUCUUGGCGCAGGAAAGACUUCUAUUAUUUUGUCACUCUUUCCACUACUUCCCAAAUGCCGGCUAAACAAUCGUUUGACUGCCGUCAGUGAGAUCUUGAACGUUUGCAUGUGCUGCAUACUCGUCGACAAAUACCGCCCUGACCGAAUCAUCAUUGAAUGCUCCUUGAUCCGUGAGUUUGAGCGACAGACAAACAACGACCUUCAACUUGACGCAAUAGUUACUGUUAUUGAUGCCAAGAACUUUACGAGGUACGAAGAUACCUCUCCCACAGCCAAGAUGCAGGCAAGCUACUCGGAUAUUAUUCUUAUCAUCAAGUGCAAUGAUCGUAACGGUGUGGACCCAAACGUUCUUUUUGGUAUCGACUCUAAGCUUUUCAGAGACCUAAUUCCCCAGGGUAUCGAAAAUCAUCAUCAUGAAAGAAUCAUGCACCUCACAUAUGAGGUGGAGGAUGUGGAUAAGGGUAUGCUCGAGAGUGCUCUUGCCUCUCUAAGCAAGGAGAGCGUUUGGCGAGUCAAGGGAUUUAUUCCCUUAGAUUCUGCAAUUUGGAUCUUGAACUGGGCAUUUUCGACCUCAACAACUAGUCCAAUCAUCCGAGGCGCUCCGAAAUACGAUGUUGCUAUCACAAUGGGAGAAAUUUGA